UUUGGCAAAAACCUACUUUCAUUCUCUCUCUAACUUCCUACCAGGUUCCCAGUAACCGUCCUCUCAUUUGCAAUCAUGCGUUUUUCUAGUGCCACCACUCUUUUGGCCCUUCCUUUCCUUACAAAUGCUGUUCCUAUCAGUGAUACGCUCUCCAGUGGUUACCAAAUGGGCAUUUUCUAUGUCAACUGGGCUAUUUAUGCACGUCAACAUUUUGUGACCGACCUCCCUGCCAGCAAACUCACCAAGGUUACAUACGCCUUUGCCAAUGUGAACGCCACUACCGGCAAUGUCUUCCUCUCGGACGAGUGGGCGGACGUCCAGAUCAAGUUUGCUGGCGAUGUUGCAACCAACGGCACUGAAAUGUUUGGUAACAUGAACCAGCUACUCAAGCUGAAGAAGCAAAACCGCAACCUCAAGACUUCGCUAUCCAUUGGUGGCUGGACGUACAGAGAUAACUUCAAGACAGCGCUUGCGAGCAAUGCUACGAGGUGGAACUUUGUACAGAGCUCCGUGGCUAUGGUGGCAGACUUGGGAUUCGACGGCGUGAACAUUGACUGGGAGUAUCCCGAGGACAAAACUGAUGCAAAGAACCUCGUGGAGACGGUGAAACUCCUCCGCACUGCGCUCGACCAGUACGCUGCCAAACACGCCGACGGAUACCACUUCCAGAUCGACGUUUCUGCUCCCGCCGGCCCACUAAAGUACACCGUUAUGCCUAUCGCCGCCAUGGACCCGUACAUCGACGAGUGGAACCUAAUGGCAUUUGACUACAUGGGCCCUGGCUUCUCGAACUUCACCGGUCACCUCAGCAACGUGUACCCGUCGACGCGCAACCCCAAAACCACUGACUUCAACACUGCACAAGCCAUCAAGUACUACAAGUCAAAAGUCGCGUCCUCCAGAAAAGUCAUCCUGGGUAUGCUACUCUACGGCCGCUCGUUCGCUGACACGAACGGCAUGGGCCAAAAGUUCAACGGCAGCGGCGACGGCACGUGGGAGGCGGGUACUGUGGACUACAAGAGCCUACCGCUGAACGGCAGCGUCAUCCACACCGACAGAGAGACCGUGGCGUCCUGGGCGUACAACAACCAGACACGCCAGCUCAUCAGCUUCGACACGCCCGAGGUCCAGGCCCUCAAGGCUAAGUACCUCAAGAAGGAGAAGUUGGGUGGUGCGUGGUGGUGGGAGUCCAGCGGUGACCGCGCUGAUGACAAGAGUCUUGUUUCGACGGUUUCUAACGCGUUGGGCGGUACGCGCGUGUUGCAGCAGAACCGGAACUGCAUCCACUACCCGGUCUCCAAGUACGACAAUGUUCGCCGCUCGACUUGAGGAGGUGCAUGCAUUGAAUGCAUGGGAUGUUGCCCUGUUGUGUGUUAAGGUGGUUGGUAGAGCAAUACCAUAGUCAGUCGAUGCAGUGUUCAUCAAUCUAACAAUCGUGAGCACGUCUCUCGGUUAGUUGAAAUACCUUGAAUGAACCUACGUUCUACUGAAAAAUAUCGUAACUAGAUUGAAGGAAUAAAGAACAUGGCUAACCACAUGGGGCAAAUACUAGUAAUACUUAUAGUCUUCAAGUUUCAC